ACUUCCGCUCCCUCGGGAAGACGGGGGGGGCGGAGAACUGGAAAGGGGGCGGUCUUGGCAGGGGGCGGUGACAGUCCGGAGUCUAGGCGACGGGGCGAGACGGAACCGGAAGGUGGAGGGAGGAGGCCGGGCCGGAGCCGGCUGGAGGGCCAGGCCCGGAGGUCCCCGCCCUGGCGUGCCCGCCCCGGCUGCGGCUGAAGAAGCAGAGGAGGAUGAUAUCCAGAUACACUCGAAAGGCGGCGCCACAGAGCUUGGAACUGAAAGAACUAACGCAGCGUGCUCUUCAUCAUCAUCCCCUCCCAGAGCGACUGGGUGAAAUUUCCUCCACUAAUGACAGCCAUGAAAAAGACACAUGUUCCCAAAGUGAGUCUGACAUCACACAAGAAUCACCCAUUACAUCGGCCGACACUGGGAAUUCAAGGUCUGCAUUUCUGAGUUAUACAGGCACAGGAAUCUCCACUGAAGGCAGCUCGGACUUCUCCUGGGGAUAUGGUGAACUUGAUCAGAACGCCACUGAAAAGGUCCAGGCAAUGUUCACAGCCAUAGAUGAUCUCUUGUAUGAGAAGAAGUUGAGCAUACAUACGAAGAGUCUUCAAGAAGAGUGCCAACAGUGGACAUCUAGCUUUCCUCACCUCAGGAUUCUGGGUAGGCAGAUAAUUGCUCCAAGUGAAGGUUAUAGAUUGUAUCCUAGGUCCCCUUCUGCUGCUUCAGCUUCACUUGAGGCAACCUUGCCUCAAGAAAGAGAUUCUACUAUAUUUGGCAUAAGGGGAAAGAAGGUACAUUUUUCAUCUUCUUAUGCUCAUAAAGCAUCUUCCAUUGCCAAAUCUCCUAGCUUGUGUUCUAUGGAAAGAGAAGAAGAGAAAGACUGUGUUAUCUUCUCGGAAGGAAUAAUAGAGGAAUACCUAGCAUUUGACUGCACAGAUAUGGAAGAGGAGUUUCAUGGAACAAAAUCAGAAGUGGCUGCUGAGAAACAGAAAUUAGGUUACCCUCCCAUUGCUCCAUUUUACUGCAUGAAAGAGGAUGUCCUUGCAUGUGUAUUUGACAACGUGUGGAGCAAGGUUCUGGGCUGUAUGGAGGAGUUGAUACGUAAUCACUGGGAGGGUUAUGUUUCUGAUGAUGAGAGUAAUGUUGCAGUCACCAGACCGGAUUCGGGAAGCCCCUGUGUACUAAGUGAACCCCAGCCUUUGGUGUUACCUCGAGUGCCACAGUCUAAGGUGCUGCCGAUCACCUCAAAUCCGAUGAGUCUCUGUCAAGCAGCAAGCAGCCAUCAGCCAAAUAUGAAUGGUCUCUUGGUUCACGGGAUGCCUCUACAGCCAAGAAAUCUCUCCCUAAUGGAUAAGCUCCUAGAUCUUGAUGACAAGCUACUUAUGAGGCCUGGGUCCAGUACCAUCCUUUCAACCAGAAAUUGGCCAAAUCGAGCCCUGGAGCUUAGUACCUCAUCUCUGUCACAUACAGUGCAGUCUGUCAGGAGACGAAACCCCCCACCACGUACCCUUCAUCCAAUCAGCACAAGCCAUUCACGCGCUGGAACGCCAAGACCUGUGGAAGAUCUCCUCAGAGGAACCCGAGUCCCAGCGGCAGCUGACUCGCUCUCCUCUCCCUCACCAAUGCCCCUGAGUCGAAAUAAUCUGCUGCCACCUAUUGGUACAGCUGAGGUGGAACAUCUGAGUGCUGUGGGACCACAAAGGCAAAUGAAACCCCAUAGCGAUUCCAGUCGAGCCCGAAGUGCGGUGGUGGACGAGCCGAACCAUCAGCAGCCCCAGGAGAGGCUCUUUUUACCUGACUUUUUCUCCAGGCCCAACACAACUCAGUCAUUUCUGCCGGACGCACAGUGUCAUCGUUCAUGCGCUGUUGAGUAUCCUCAUCAGGCCCGUCCUGGCAGGGGAUCUGCAGGUCCUCAGUUACGUGGGUCUACAAAAGCUCAAAGCAGAGGUGGACCGGUCUCUAGAACCAGGCAAGGACCAUAGGGCAAAUGAGAAGGACCUGGAACCAGGCUUCAGGGAACAUGUCUGAAGAUUUAACGGACCAGUGUUGUCAUCUCCUCAUGCAGAGUUUGCAGACAAAAAACAACUUGAAACCAUCUUCAUGAAGAGUUAUUUUGGUUCCGCUGACCGAGAAAAACACAACAGAGUAUCUGCCAAAGAUUACCUGGGUAUUGUUUCUAUCUCCACUUUUUUUUUUUUUCCAGUAAAAGCCUAUUUCACCGGACAGGAAAGUUUGUACCCAGAGAUGUAACAAUGAAUAAUUACCCCCAAAUCACAGCUCAUGUUGUCUGUUAACAAUGAUCAGUUCAAUUAUUACAGGAUUCUGUGAGACUAUACAUACACAAAAAACAGCAAAUGAUUGGUAACAUUAGUUAUCAUUGGCUUCAGAACACUUCUGCUUGACCUAAUUUCUAGAGCACUAUACUGUUUUAAUUGUAAGUUAUUUUUAGGACAUAGUGCUGUCAAAAAUCUGAACUACUCAUCAAACAGAUGUCAUUUUUAAAGGUUUCUCUUUAGAUGUCCAAUCCUAGAGGCAGAUAGAUAUGGAAGGAGUGAGUAAACCAAAGACAAAACUGUUUAGCAUCAGUGUAAAUUAACAUUUUGUAUAUUUUUCACAUAGGAUAGCUCAGCCUCACAUUGCCUGCUUGGUAUCAGGUUAUGCUUAUUUUCUACUUAAAGUACCUUAUGGGUCCUUUUUUUCCCCAAAUGUUAAACUCAUCUUGCCAAAUUUUCUCCUGCAGCACUAGGAAAGUCAAUUUAAAAAUACUUUGUAGACUCUUGCUGUUAACGAGCCACCAAGGUGCAAGUCCUUAAAAAUGGAAGCAACCCUGGCAAUUCGUCCAGUAUAAACACAUCCUGUGACGAAUGGCUUCUGAUGUCAGUUAAGAGCAGAAGUCCAGAGCUUGGGCGUUCUUCUGAUGUUCCCAUGGUCUACUUCCUGAGGGCCCUCAUGAAUGCAGCAAUGAUUUUAACUAUGGCUUAAAUUUACACAAUAUUUAAUUUCAUUGAAUACUGAUUGUUAUACAAGUUUUAGAUCGUAUUGUUUAUCUUCAGACUGGGCAAUACAAGUGAUCAUAAACUGGGGUAACUUUUUAUUUUAUUAUUAGUGUUCUAAUGCUGUCACAUGAAAAGACAUAUGCUUCAAACAACCUGCUUGAUUAUAUUUUUAAUACAAUUAAAGAGUAUUUUUUAACCUUUUUAUAAUUAGAAACUGAAAAUGUGUCACGUACUUCCCUCAGAUAAAUUACGAUCUAUAAAGCUCGGUACUAAGGCUUGUUUUAUGCAUAUGGUAUUGAAUAGAUUAAUCUACAAGUUGGAGAUUUUAAGUUGGACAGUCCCUAAUUUUUUUUUAAUAUAUUCUAAUGAAUACAUACCAAGUCAAAUAUAAGUGAGAUGCUGUACUAUUUUCACAAACCAACACCAUGAGUAUAAGCAUCACAACAAACUGCUGGGCCAAGAUGGCUGGCCUUCAGAGUCAGAGUUAAGAGUCAGAAGGGGCCCUGAGAAGUCACCCCAACUCCCUCAGCCCUUUGACAGCUGAGGAAACUAGCUGAGACAAGCUCAGUGACCUGCCCAGGGACAUUCAGCAGUUAAGAGGCAGUACUACAAUUCUCGUCUCUUUAUGCUGCUUAAACUGGGGUGUCUAUUCUAACGCUGAACGGGACUACUUUUCUUCCCUCUUCUCUGACCUGAACACCAUUCAUGUUUUUUCCAGACCAUAUUUUAAAUCAUCACUGGGAUAAUUUUAAAAGCUUCCAGAACAUUAGUCAUUUUUGAUUUGUUUAUUUAAUCAUGUAUGUCUUUAAAAAAAUGCUUAAAGUAAUCUGAACACCUGUUUCUCCUAAACUUCAAGUACACAGUAUAGAAUCUUGCUGAGUAAAACAAAAAGGAGAGCAGGUCUAUUCAAGAUCACUACGACUGAAAGCAAACGGGCAGGUAUUUGGAAGGCAGCUGCUUAGCAGGUGCUGAAGGAGUUCUGCUAGGUAGAGUCCCUGUUCUAAUGUGCGUCAACACUGCAGCUCACUCUGGACAGCACAUUCUAGACAGUUCCCUUUACAGAAGAGCCAUAGAAGCCAGUACUGUCAGAAGGUAUACCGCCCUCCCCCACCCCUCC